CAAAAUAAUGUUCAUGAAAACGGGUACUUUGUUAAAUCAUACUGUUUGAGCCAUCGAUUUUCAGCCAAAGAAAAUAUUAUGUUUCUAUUUUUAUAUAUCCAUACUAAACUAAAAUGUGUUCAAAAGUCUGGUAUUACUAACUUUGACAACUGACCCCAUCUAUCAAAAGCUUUUCAUUGCUAAAUGCGAUAAAUGAUUUCGAUUUUAUAACAAAAAUUGUAUAUUAAGACGAUAUGCUUGACGCAUAGCGUACAAGAGUAGUGUGUAGUGGUGCAGUGUGAGAUGGUUUCUGUUCGGAAAUCUGUGAAAUCACCUCUGUAGCCAAUAUGGGGUCCAUGCGACCUACGGGAAGGUUUCUUUCAUUCGCAAACAACAUUCAGAGGACGCAAAAACAAGCUGUGCCAACUGGAUUUCCGCAAAGUUUGUCGGGUAGUGAAACGGAUGUGUCAACAUCAAACGAAAACUUAUCGAGGGAGGAGCGUUAUGUCGUACGACACACUACAAGGGUUGAGCCACAGGGACAAGAGAACCAGAGCCAAUCCAACAAUAAUAACAACCGGAACUCCUUGAAGGAAAGUGUAACAGGCAGCAAUCGCAACUCGUUAAAAGACUCUGUUGGUGGUAGUAACAGCAACAGAAGCUCUCUAGAUGUCUCGUCAUCGUCAUACAACACGCUUAUCAUACACAGUCAAGAUGACUCGUGGUCCACACGACCGACGCCCAUUCGAGAACACGAACGAUCAAGUAGUGAAGUGAAGCACACAAAUACUCAAUCGUCACCGUACCACACGCUCAAAAAGACGGAGGGCGUGAAGAAGCCGAGCGGAAUACCCUUACCCAAGGUGCACAAGGAGCAGGUGGUCACCACGACGGCUAACUACAUCGAUAUAGGUGGUCAGAGGAUAUAUACCAGCCCACCAGACCACGGCGUUCAGGAAAUUACCGAAAUUCCCGACGACUUCCUGAAUCAAUCGUCGGUGCUGAAGCACUUGGCUAAGGAGGUGGCGCAGUCGCCGACGCCGCGAGGCCCGACGCCCCCCGCCUCCCCGCGUGCUCCUCCACCCCGGGACGAAGGUCGCAAACCCAAGGGCAAGGGCUCCAAGUCGAAGCUCAGCAAGGAGAAACUAAGCUUGUCAAGAUCACAGCCCGAUUUGACCAGUGUGGGCGUGCGCGCGGUGCCGGGCGGGUCGGAGUCGAGCGGGUGGUGCAGCGGCGGCGAGGGCUCGCUGGAGGACACGGUGUAUUUAUUCCGAGAUCCUCUAGAAGAAGAAGUAGAGAAAGUGCGGACGGCCCACGAGGAGUUGGUGAGCUCAUGCGAGAGACGAGAGCGGCUGGAGCGCGCGGCGCGUGCGCGGCUGCAGGCCGACUGCAGGAGGCUGCAGGAACUUAACCGCGCACUUAAACAACAGGUGGAUUUACUGUCCCAAGGCGUUCGCACCGAGAACGACAACAGCGCGGAGGCGUUGCGCAAGGAGCUGCAGAACAGAGAGAUGCUUAUCGCACAACUUAUAACACAAAAUAAGGAGCUUGCAUGUGCCAAGGAGCGGCAGGAGAUCGAGAUGUCGGCACAACGCGCCACCCUGCAGGAGCAGCGCACGCACAUUGACAUACUGGACACCGCGCUCACCAACGCGCAGGCCAACGUCGUACGCCUCGAGGAGGAGUGUCGGCACGCGGGCGGGUACGUGGAGCGCGUGGCGGGGCUGCAGCGCGCGCUGGGGUCGCUGCAGCUCGCCGCCGAGCGCCGCGAGCACUCCGAGCGCAAGCUGCGACACCAGCUCGAGACCGAGCUGCACGCGCUCAGUGUGGUGCGUUGUGUAGUGUCGCACGCGGGCGGGUACGUGGAGCGCGUGGCGGGGCUGCAGCGCGCGCUGGGGUCGCUGCAGCUCGCCGCCGAGCGCCGCGAGCACUCCGAGCUGUCGCACGCGGGCGGGUACGUGGAGCGCGUGGCGGGGCUGCAGCGCGCGCUGGGGUCGCUGCAGCUCGCCGCCGAGCGCCGCGAGCACUCCGAGCGCAAGCUGCGACACCAGCUCGAGACCGAGCUGCACGCGCUCAGUGUCGCACGCGGGCGGGUACGUGGAGCGCGCUGGGGUCGCUGCAGCUCGCCGCCGAGCGCCGCGAGCACUCCGAGCGCAAGCUGCGACACCAGCUCGAGACCGAGCUGCACGCGCUCAGGUACACCUCGGCAAUGUAGUAGUGUGGUGCGUUGUGUAGUGUCGCACGCGGGCGGGUACGUGGAGCGCGUGGCGGGGCUGCAGCGCGCGCUGGGGUCGCUGCAGCUCGCCGCCGAGCGCCGCGAGCACUCCGAGCUGUCGCACGCGGGCGGGUACGUGGAGCGCGUGGCGGGGCUGCAGCGCGCUCUGAGAAGUCGCUGCAGCUCGCCGCCGAGCGCCGCGAGCACUCCGAGCGCAAGCUGCGACACCAGCUCGAGACCGAGCUGCACGCGCUCAGGUACACCUCGGCAAUGUAGUAGUGUGGUGCGUUGUGUAGUGUCGCACGCGGGCGGGUACGUGGAGCGCGUGGCGGGGCUGCAGCGCGCGCUGGGGUCGCUGCAGCUCGCCGCCGAGCGCCGCGAGCACUCCGAGCUGUCGCACGCGGGCGGGUACGUGGAGCGCGUGGCGGGGCUGCAGCGCGCGCUGGGGUCGCUGCAGCUCGCCGCCGAGCGCCGCGAGCACUCCGAGCUGUCGCACGCGGGCGGGUACGUGGAGCGCGUGGCGGGGCUGCAGCGCGCGCUGGGGUCGCUGCAGCUCGCCGCCGAGCGCCGCGAGCACUCCGAGCGCAAGCUGCGACACCAGCUCGAGACCGAGCUGCACGCGCUCAGGUACACCUCGUGUCGCACGCGGGCGGGUACGUGGAGCGCGUGGCGGGGCUGCAGCGCGCGCUGGGGUCGCUGCAGCUCGCCGCCGAGCGCCGCGAGCACUCCGAGCGCAAGCUGCGACACCAGCUCGAGACCGAGCUGCACGCGCUCAGGUACACCUCGGCAAUGUAGUAGUGUGGUGCGUUGUGUAGUGUCGCACGCGGGCGGGUACGUGGAGCGCGUGGCGGGGCUGCAGCGCGCGCUGGGGUCGCUGCAGCUCGCCGCCGAGCGCCGCGAGCACUCCGAGCGCAAGCUGCGACACCAGCUCGAGACCGAGCUGCACGCGCUCAGAAAACGGGAAUGCAAUUGUGGUGGCGCUAACUCGCUGAACGGUAACGGCGAGACUGAGGCUGAAUUGCGACGGCAGCUACGCGAGAGGGACGAGAGGUUCCUGGCGCUGGAGGGCGAGUGCGCCAAGUGGGAGCAGCGAUAUCUGGAGGAGGCGGCGCUCAGGCAGGCCGCUGUCUCCGCCGCCUCUAUACCUAAGGAUGCUAAAAUAGCAGCGUUGGAGAAAACGUCAGCAGAAUCCGAAAGGUUAAUGGCCGAGGCGCGCAACGAGAAAAUACGACACAUGGACGAACUUCACUCGGCGCAGAAGAAAGUCGCCGAUUUGGAGGGCCGUAAAAGGUUGGAGUCUAAGGUAGCGGAGCGCGACGCGAUGAUCAAAGUGUUGCAGAAGCACACUAGCGCCGCAUACGACAGCGGAGCGUCUCUAAGGAACAACUCUAGUAGGGAAGAACUUGUGGGCCUGUCGUCGGGCGCAUCGUUCUCCAGCGCGGAGGGCGGCGGCAGCGUAGCGGGCCGCUACCGGCAUCUCACGCGCAGGAACUACUCUCCGCACAACGACAACUCCAGCGGUUGCGGGUUCGAGAGCGGUUCGCUUGGCUGGAGGCGCCUGGAGGAGCAGCUGGCGGCGCUGGAGUCGCGGCUGGAGCGCGCCCCGUGCCCGCCGUGA